AUGCCCGCCGGCCGCCGCCUGCUCCGCCUCGCCGCCGCCGUCGCGCUCCUCGUCGCCGCCGCCGCCGCCCAGCAGCGCGACCUCCAGGAGGCAGGCAGCUGCGUGCAGGACGGGCAGAGCUAUAGCGAUAAGGAUGUGUGGAAGCCGGAGCCCUGCCGGAUCUGCGUGUGCGACACGGGGACCGUCCUCUGCGACGAGAUUAUCUGCGAGGAGAUGCGCGACUGCCCCAGCCCAGAAAUCCCCUUCGGAGAGUGCUGCCCCAUAUGCCCCACUGACCAGCCUGCUGCCAGCGGACAACCUGGCCCCAAGGGACAGAAGGGCGAACCCGGCGAUAUCAAAGAUGUCGUAGGACCCCGAGGGCCUCCGGGACCGCAGGGUCCCGCAGGCGAACAGGGACAACGAGGCGACCGCGGCGAGAAAGGGGAGAAGGGCGCUCCCGGCCCCCGGGGCAGGGAUGGCGAACCCGGCACCCCCGGUAACCCCGGCCCGCCCGGCCCCCCCGGCCCUCCCGGUCCCCCCGGCCUUGGCGGAAAUUUCGCGGCGCAGAUGGCGGGCGGCUUCGACGAGAAGGCCGGAGGCGCGCAGAUGGGCGUCAUGCAAGGCCCCAUGGGCCCUAUGGGACCCCGCGGCCCCCCCGGCCCCACCGGCGCUCCCGGUCCGCAAGGAUUUCAAGGCAACCCCGGCGAGCCCGGCGAGCCCGGCGCCGCUGGUCCGAUGGGUCCCCGGGGACCGCCGGGGCCUCCCGGGAAACCCGGCGACGACGGUGAGACGGGCAAACCCGGCAAAGCCGGCGAGCGCGGCGCUCCCGGCCCCCAGGGUGCUCGCGGCUUCCCCGGCACGCCGGGUCUCCCCGGAGUGAAAGGUCACCGCGGCUACCCCGGCUUGGACGGCGCCAAAGGAGAAGCAGGAGCCCCCGGAGCGAAGGGUGAAUCCGGCUCCCCAGGAGAGAACGGCUCGCCCGGACCCAUGGGACCCCGCGGGCUGCCCGGCGAGAGAGGACGUCCCGGCCCCUCCGGCGCUGCCGGCGCUCGCGGCAACGACGGCCUCCCCGGCCCCGCCGGCCCCCCCGGACCCGUCGGACCCGCCGGAGCACCCGGCUUCCCCGGCGCCCCCGGCUCCAAGGGCGAAGCUGGCCCCACGGGCGCCCGGGGGCCCGAGGGCGCCCAAGGCCCCCGCGGCGAAUCCGGCACCCCCGGCUCUCCCGGCCCCGCCGGAGCCCCCGGUAACCCCGGCACCGACGGCAUCCCCGGAGCCAAAGGAUCAGCGGGCGCCCCGGGCAUCGCGGGUGCUCCGGGCUUCCCCGGCCCCCGCGGCCCGCCCGGCCCCCAGGGUGCCACCGGCCCGCUGGGACCCAAAGGCCAGACGGGAGAACCCGGCAUCGCAGGCUUCAAGGGCGAGCAGGGACCCAAGGGCGAGACGGGCCCUGCAGGACCCCAAGGUGCUCCCGGACCGGCUGGUGAGGAAGGCAAGAGAGGAGCCCGCGGAGAGCCCGGCGCUGCCGGCCCCGUCGGACCCCCCGGCGAGCGGGGCGCUCCCGGCAAUCGCGGAUUCCCCGGACAAGACGGGCUGGCCGGCCCCAAGGGCGCUCCAGGCGAGCGCGGUCCCGCCGGCCUCGCGGGUCCCAAGGGAGCCACCGGCGAUCCCGGCCGUCCCGGAGAGCCCGGCCUGCCCGGCGCCAGGGGUCUCACCGGCCGCCCUGGCGACGCUGGCCCUCAAGGCAAAGUCGGCCCGACUGGCGCUCCCGGCGAGGACGGGCGCCCCGGCCCACCCGGCCCGCAGGGCGCUCGCGGGCAGCCCGGCGUCAUGGGAUUCCCCGGUCCCAAAGGUGCUAACGGCGAACCCGGAAAAGCCGGAGAGAAGGGCCUUCCCGGCGCCCCCGGGCUGCGGGGUCUUCCCGGCAAAGACGGCGAGACGGGAGCCGCCGGCCCACCGGGCCCCGCGGGUCCCGCCGGCGAGAGGGGAGAGCAAGGAGCGCCCGGACCCUCCGGCUUCCAGGGGCUUCCCGGCCCGCCGGGCCCCCCGGGAGAGAGCGGCAAGCCCGGAGACCAGGGCGUUCCCGGAGAAGCCGGCGCUCCCGGUCUCGUGGGUCCCAGAGGCGAACGCGGCUUCCCCGGCGAACGCGGCUCCCCCGGUGCGCAAGGUCUGCAAGGUCCCCGCGGGCUCCCCGGCACGCCGGGCACCGACGGACCCAAGGGUGCAACCGGCCCCGCCGGCCCGACCGGCGCCCAGGGACCGCCCGGGCUGCAGGGAAUGCCGGGCGAGCGAGGAGCAGCCGGCAUCGCCGGCCCCAAGGGAGACCGGGGAGACGUCGGCGAGAAGGGGCCCGAGGGUGCCCCCGGCAAGGACGGCGCGCGGGGUCUGACCGGUCCCAUCGGCCCCCCCGGCCCUGCCGGUGCCAACGGCGAGAAGGGUGAAUCCGGCCCUCCCGGCCCAUCCGGCGCUGCCGGUGCCCGCGGAGCCCCCGGCGAGCGUGGAGAGCCCGGCGCCCCCGGUCCCGCCGGAUUUGCCGGACCCCCUGGAGCCGACGGACAACCCGGCGCUAAAGGCGAGCAGGGAGAACCCGGGCAGAAGGGCGACGCCGGAGCUCCCGGUCCCCAAGGUCCUUCCGGAGCACCCGGCCCGCAGGGUCCCACUGGAGUCACCGGUCCCAAAGGCGCCCGCGGUGCCCAGGGUCCCCCCGGAGCCACAGGAUUCCCCGGCGCCGCCGGCCGCGUCGGCCCGCCCGGCCCCAACGGUAACCCAGGUCCCCCCGGACCCCCCGGAUCUGCCGGCAAAGACGGUCCCAAAGGCGCUCGCGGCGACGCCGGUCCCCCGGGCCGGGCCGGCGACCCCGGGCUCCAGGGCCCCGCUGGUCCCCCCGGCGAGAAGGGCGAACCCGGCGAGGACGGCCCCGCGGGUCCCGACGGCCCCCCCGGCCCCCAAGGCUUGGCAGGACAACGCGGCAUCGUCGGGCUGCCCGGCCAGCGAGGCGAGCGAGGCUUCCCGGGGCUCCCGGGGCCAUCGGGCGAACCUGGCAAACAAGGAGCACCCGGCUCGGCGGGCGACCGCGGCCCCCCCGGCCCCGUGGGUCCCCCCGGGCUGACGGGUCCCGCCGGUGAACCUGGGCGUGAGGGCACCCCCGGCGCCGAUGGGCCCCCGGGCAGAGACGGCGCUGCUGGCGUGAAGGGUGAUCGCGGCGAAACCGGUCCCGUGGGCGCUCCCGGCGCUCCCGGCGCCCCCGGCGCUCCCGGCCCCGUCGGUCCCACCGGCAAACAAGGAGACAGAGGCGAGACGGGUGCCCAAGGGCCCAUGGGUCCCUCCGGUCCGGCCGGCGCGCGCGGCAUGCCGGGUCCCCAAGGUCCUCGCGGCGACAAGGGCGAGACCGGCGAGGCCGGAGAGAGAGGGCUCAAGGGUCACCGAGGCUUCACUGGGCUGCAAGGGCUUCCCGGACCUCCCGGUCCUUCCGGAGACCAAGGUGCUGCUGGUCCCGCCGGUCCCUCCGGCCCCAGGGGUCCCCCAGGCCCCGUCGGCCCCUCUGGCAAAGACGGCUCUAACGGCAUGCCCGGCCCCAUCGGUCCUCCCGGCCCCCGCGGACGCAGUGGGGAACCGGGUCCUGCGGGUCCCCCCGGAAAUCCUGGUCCUCCUGGUCCUCCUGGCCCCCCAGGCACUGGCAUCGACAUGUCCGCUUUCGCCGGCCUCGGCCAGACGGAGAAGGGCCCCGACCCCAUCCGCUACAUGCGGGCGGACGAGGCGGCCGGCGGCCUGCGGCAGCACGACGCCGAGGUCGACGCCACGCUGAAAUCCCUCAACAACCAGAUCGAGAGCAUCCGCAGCCCCGAGGGCUCCAAGAAGAACCCGGCCAGGACCUGCCGCGACCUCAAACUCUGCCAUCCCGAGUGGAAGAGCGGAGACUACUGGAUCGACCCGAACCAGGGCUGCACCUUGGACGCCAUCAAGGUUUUCUGUAACAUGGAGACCGGCGAGACCUGCGUCUACCCGACCCCGAGCAGCAUCCCCAAGAAGAACUGGUGGACCAGCAAGACCAAAGAGAAGAAACACAUCUGGUUUGCAGAGACCAUCAACGGCGGUUUCCACUUCAGCUACGGCGAUGAAAACCUGACUCCCAACACCGCCAACAUCCAGAUGACCUUCCUCCGCCUCCUGUCCACCGAAGGCUCCCAGAACGUCACCUACCACUGCAAGAACAGCAUCGCCUACAUGGACGAGGAGUUGGGCAACCUGAAGAAAGCCGUCCUCAUCCAGGGCUCCAACGACGUCGAGAUCAGAGCUGAGGGCAACAGCAGGUUCACAUACAGCGUCCUGGAGGACGGCUGCACGAAACACACUGGCAAAUGGGGCAAGACAGUCAUCGAAUACCGAUCACAGAAGACCUCACGCCUGCCCAUUGUAGAUAUUGCACCUAUGGACAUUGGUGGAGCUGAUCAGGAGUUUGGCGUGGAUAUCGGCCCAGUCUGCUUCUUGUAAAAAGAGUUGUUUUAUUUGUGUGUUUGUCUGUUUUUUUUUUUAAUCCAGCCCAAUACCGUUAAAAAACAAGCAAAAAAAAUGCCCACCCCCAAGGACCUGAGUACUUUCCAAUCACUCGUACGACUUCUGCACUGAAUGGCCGAAACGACCCCCAAAUUCCCCUCGAUUCACGUGCUUCCGUUUGGGACUGUUGCCAAAGUCGUCACGGGGCAGACUGCGAAAUAAAACCACGGUCUUAUUUAUUUAUUGUCUUCCUGUAAGACCUAUUAUUGGGUCAGGUGGAGGUGGGAAUCUAACUGGCAGGUACGAAGGCGCCUCCCCGCAAAAGGGAUCUCCCAGGUCCGGGUAUAAACUAAUCCCCUCCCAUCCCCAUCCCUCCCCGUGUGUAUCACCAGCAGGAGUGCUAUGUAUAAUACAACAAAAAUGGUGCUAUUAUUGUAA